AUGGCUGACUGCGAAUUACGACAGAGGAAAAAGGAAGAAUAUGAAGGAGUUAAACUUCGAGAAGACAAUGAGGAAAUCAAAUCAGCUAUGGAAGAAGAUCAGAUUCAAACAGAAAAUAAGCCAGAACAAGUAAGAUUCAUUAGUAAUUUAUUUAACCCAUAAUAAGGCACAAGUGUUCCUGUAUUUUUAGAAAUCGUUUAUUUUUUGACAAUUGUUUUAACAUGUAAGUAGUUUAAUUAAUGCACAGUUUUAUAUCAUGUAGUAACCUAAGUAAUAACGUAGAUAUACUCAUUAAUCAUUUUAUAUAACUUCUUAUCUGUAUAAAUAGAUAAAUAAUAUUGAAAAACAUAAUUUAUUCAUUUCUAAAUAGAUAUUUGAAUGUUAAACACACUAGUAAAAAUCGAAAAUAAUUAUUGUUGUGGAUACCUAAGCUUUUAUCUGUCUAAUAAGAUUUAACCUUAACCGAGUUCCUAUCUACCUAUUUUUAUAAUUUAUAAACUAUUAUUAUCUUUCCAUUAAAAUUUAAUUUCUUGACAUUUAAUGAACAUAAUAAUUUAUAUCUAUAGUUUUUGCUUUUAUUUUUUGUUUUAAUUUAUUAAUUUUGUUGUAAAUUAAUUUAAAUUUGCUUAUACUAAAAUAUAGUUACCUAGGUUUAAAAAAAUGCUAUACAAUUUUUUUUGAUAAUUUAAAUUUAAAAGGAGUAUAAAAAAAAAAAUGUAUAAAAUAUUUUAUGGUCUACAAAAUAGGUAUAUAUAAAAUUUUAAUCGAAUAUCCAAAUAAUUGUACUUAGUGUUUACAUUAAAUAAUUUAAUUAACAUUAGGCCUAUCUAUAUAUUUUUCUAUUUAGGGAUUUAUAUAUAUCCAAACAUGAUUUAUUAAUUGAUUUAAUUUUACUAUCGGCUUACAGAUUCAGUUAUAAUUCUAAGACACCUAUAAUUCGGCGAAUUUUUCAGAUUGAUGAUUGUAUUCAAUCAUGUGUUGUGACAAAUACUAUGCCGCCUAUGGUUAGACGUUACAGGCCUGUACAUAAGAUAUAUAGCGCUUAUCAAAAUUUACGGAAAUUAAAAGGCCCUAAACAUUGGUAUGCAGGCUCAAAUUAUUUCAGUAACCAAGCCUCAUUCAAUUUCCGAACAAAUUAUUAUCGUAGGUUUAAAGUAAGUUUUCUACCCAAAAGUAUUUGGGUAGACCUAAAAUGUUGCAUGAUCCUGGGAACAAUUUGUAAAGUACAUGGUGAUAGUACAGUUAAACUAAAUGCUUUUUAAAGGUUUAAAUAAUUUUAAUUUUUAAAAUUAAAUGGUUUAUAUUAUAGUCAUAUUUUAUUUGGCAGUCAUCAAACUAGGCAAAAUAAAAUCAUAUUUUUCUAUGUUAUAUAUAUAUGUUUUUUUAUGAAGUUUUAUAUUUUAAAUUUAGCACAUGCAAUAAUUAACAUUAAUAAUAAUUUAUUGUAUGAAAUGUAAUAAUGGUUUGUUGGUAUAACUGAUUAUAAUUAUAUGACAAUAGUGUAUGCAGGGCAACAUUUAGGGUUUAACUGCCCUGUGGAACAAAUGCCCUCCCCCCUCUUGAGUUUUAGAUAUUAAUAUUUUUUGUUUUUUUGUUUUUUUGUUUUACAAAUGAUAUUUACAUGCAACUGACAGAUAAAUAAGAUAAAUUUAGAAGCCAGUAUUUAAUAAUUUAAACAAGAAAAACCUAUAAUAUUAUAAUAUGAUUUGUUUAAUCGGUAUUUAUAAAAUAUAUAAAGGUAUGCCAGAUGUACGGUUUGUAUUAUAGAAGUAUAAUAAUUAAGAGUAAUGUACAAUGUGCAUUAACAAAAUUUAUAUUGUACUCUAAAAUUUGAUAAUCAGGACAAUAAUCAAGAUUGCCCGCAUAAAUCUGCCACCCAAUGCGCGCAAUUGUACCCAUUGCAACCCUCUAAAUGUGGCUUUGAGUGUUAGAGUAGGUUUAAGAACGGGGAUGCCAAAUUUAAAACAUAACAAUCUAAAUAAAACAAAAAAUAUACCUGUUUCUUUGAAAAUAUGAAAUAUCCAUCCCUAAUUUACAAUAGUUGAAUAUUUUAAUUACAAUGCAUGAAAACGCUUCAAUUAAACAAAUCAUUUCAACACUUAAAUUUAAUUUACUUAACUUAAUAUUUGACUAUUGAAUAAGUAUACAAAUAUUUGUUUACAUAUUUAUUUUCUUAUAAUAGUUUCUUAACUAAUCAUUUUUGAUUAUAUUAAUAUUUCCAAUGUAUAUUAUCUGAAAUAAUUAUUUUGUAAAAUGAUGAAAUCAGAUAAUUAUUGAUCAAUAUUGAUAAAACAAAAUGUACAAUUUUUAAGUAAGUAGGUAUAAAUCGGGUUAUAAAGUAACUUUCAUUCUUGCCAUAUGAUUCUUUUAUUUUAUAUUUUUUAAAACUGGAGAUAAAAAUUGUUUUUAAAAAAUUCAAUAUAUAGAAAUAUUUUCUAGUGAUAAAUCAUUAAUUUUUUACCAUUUUAUGAAGUUAAAAAAAAUUUUGUCAAUGAUUUGAAUAAAAAAUUCAAGAUAUAGAAAUAUUUUCUAGUGAUAAAUCAUUAAUUUUUUACCAUUUUAUGAAGUUAAAAAAAAUUUUGUCAAUGAUUUAAGAAAAUUUCAAAAAUUUGUAAAAACAUAAUGAUUCAUUAUGAGUAAAUAUUUAUAAAACCAACAUUUUGUUUCAAAAUAUAAUUAUAAAAUGGUCAUCAUGGAUUUUGAAAAAUAAACAUUUUUUUAUUUUUAGUUUAAAAUAUAUAUAUAUAAAAUGGAGAAAUUAAAGUGCAAGGUUCAAGUAAUUAUAAAUAAGAAUAUUUAACAAAAGUUUUUUAAUGUGUCAUAUUUUUAUGUUACAAGUGGUAUUGUUUAUUUAACAAAGAUAUUCUUAUUAUGUUUUUAAAAAUUGUAACUUUAAUUGUUUAUUAAGGAAACAACAUUAUAAUCACAUUAAUACAUUACCUAUAUUAUUUUCUUUACCGUCUUCUAACUUAUUACAUUGUGUUAUGCCCUAUGUAUUUGAUACAUUGAUAAUAACAAGUUAAAUAUAUCCAAUUCUACAUAACACAAUGAAUUGAUAUUAAAGAAUACUUAGAUUUAUUAUCAGAUGUAAUCAUUUUAAAAUAUAUAUAACCAAACUUCGCUCAGAAUCAUUUUUGCGUACAGAUAUAAAUUCUAUAAUUUUAAUUAUUCUACCUUUUAAACUUUCCAUCUACAACAGUGGCAUACCCAUAAACAGUAUUAGCCCUUUUUUAACUUUGUUAAGUUUAAAGUUUUUUUUUAAAAAAAAAGUUUUGUUGGCAAUGAAAAAAUUUUAAUAGAAGUUAAAUCAAGGAUUUCCAACAAACUGGAUUAAAUCCUAAAAAAAAAAAAUUGUAUUACUGUUUUUAAUUUAAACUAAAAUAGGUAGGCAGUUAUAGCUUGGCCGGUUUAUUCAAAAAGAAAAAGAUUCAAAUUAGGUUUGAAAUCCCUGAGUUAAAAGAAUUCUACAGAUUUUUAUUUAAGCUUAUUAAAGCUUUAUAAUAAACAAAUAUAGUCUAUAACUACAUAAAAUCAAUUGAAAUGCUAAUAUUUUAUAGAAAGUCCAGAAAAAUAAGGCUAUGACUAUUAUGCUUCAUUAUAUUGUUGCACUCAUCCCUUUAUGAAUUUCAAAAAAUAGAAAACAUUACUAGAAAUUUGUCUAAAAUUAUAGAUUUAUCAUGUAAGAUAUAAAAUGUAGGAUUAUAAAAAAUUGACUUUAACUAAAGUUUAACUUAAAACACUCUAAAUUAAUUUGAAGUUAACAAAAAGGCAACUCAUUAAGUUAAAAGUUAAUGAUAUGAAAAGUAACUUAUUAAUUAACUUGAUUAUAUAUAACUUUUAACUUAUUAAUGCAUGUGUGUCCUUCAAAAUAUUAUCGAACAAAACUUUUUGAACAUUAUUACUGUAUGAGAAAAACUAAAACCUAUGCAUCAUAAAAUUAAUAGCUAUCUUGCUUAGAAUUUAUUUUAAAGGUGUGUUAUAAUUUAAAAUUUUGUUUGUAUUAGGGAAUUUUAAAGGGUAUAAUAUAUUGUACUAAACAUAUCAUUCAAAUUUGUAUUUAUCUUAUCUAAUGUUUGUAUGUAUGUAUUGCUUAAUUUGAUUUGUAGUAUAUAUGCAUAUUACAUAUAUGUAUUUAAUUUAAAUCAUUUUUUAUUUUCAUAGAAAGAAGAUAUAGAUUCUGAAGAUGACAAAAAUGGGGAUCUCUCUGCAAAAAUACCAUCUGGUACAAAUAAAAUGCCGCAUAUAUUAGAAACAUUAUUAAGUGGAAUAUCUGAAAGGUUAGAAAUUUAGAAAUUAUUAUGUAUGAUGAAAUCCUUUUGUAGUCAAUUAAAUAUAUGUUUAAGUUUAUAAAAAUAAUUAUUUUGUAAAAUUAAAAGACAAGUUUAAUUAGAGAUUUAGGUUUAAAAAUAAUAUUUCAUUUCCAGGGUUUAGGACAUAAGCAUUUAAAAUCAAAGAAAAAACUCUAAAAAACCUCCAUUAUAUACCCUUUAAAUGUUAAUUUAAACGUUUUUUUUUUUUUUAUACUAUGAAAUAAACAUAAAAAUCACUUAAAAUUAUUUUAUAUUAGAACUGUUGAAUAUUUUUAAAAUUACACUCGUAGUUUUGUAUUUCUCUAUACCCAGUGACAUGGUAAGUGUAUAACAGAACAUAAAGACAAUUUUUAAAAUUCAUAUAGGCAACAAAUUUGGCAUUUUGUUAGUGACUUACAUAGUUACAAAGUACAUAAUAUGUAGAAAAAACCACUUUCAAAUUUCAUAUUUGUUUUUUUAACAUGAUAUAAAUUUCCAUAGAAUUUACAGAUUUAAUGUCAAGCCAAAUAAAAUUAGUAAUUGUUAUAAGUUCUAAACCUUGGUCAUGUCAAUUAUGUUUAUCAAAACUUAGUUUAACCUAUUUCGUCCUAAAAUAAUUACUGUCAAAAAUAUUACUUUUCAUUGAAAGUGAGGCAUACUUUAUAUUAACUAAAUUAUUUUUUGUUUAUUGAAUCAAGAAAUUAAAACAAAGUUAGCCAAAAAUUAAUUGUGAGUAAAAAAAAAAAAAUUAAAAAAAAAUUUUGUUUUGUUAAUUAGAAUCAUGUAGAAAUUUAUGUUGAUAGCAUAUAUUUGUUUACAAAUUGUCUUCCUAUCAUAUUCGAUUAACAGACUAGUAUUUGUUACAAAAUCUAAGCUCUGUGUAUAAGUAUAAAAUCUAAGUAAAAUUAAAUAAUUACAUUUUUUUACAGGUGGAGAAAUUGGAUAAUUCGAGGUAUAUUUGGUUGGCUGAUGAUUGGUCUCUUUUGUCUCCUAUGUUAUGGAGGACCUCUAGCAUUAAUGAUAGCUGUAAGUGUUAUAUAAUUUUUAUUUCAGUUAUAUAAUCAGGAAAACUACAAAUCAAUAAAUCAUUUACAUGGCUUCGUGAUUGGCCAAAUUAUUAAUUUAAUUUGUGUACUAUAUCUUAAGAUAUGUCAAGGUUGUAUAUUUUCAUUUUUAUUUCCAUUUAGAUUUAAUUUAAAUUAUUAACAAAUGUAAUAUUACACUUUAAUAAUAAUAACCUAACCUAACUGUGUAUUUAAAACAAAAACACUGUAACUAAUUUAUUAAUAAAAUAUUAAAUUUAUACAAUUUUUUCUCAUUAUAAAUAUCAUCCCUUUAAAACUUAAUUAUUUGCAUAUCUAUGUUUAAAUUCUAAAUUUAACUCUGCAUAAUGACCAUGGUGUAAUUUUGUUAUAUUACCCAUUUGUAUAUAGAGACAUUAGGUACAGUUUCAACAUAAAACACCACAUAAUAUUACAUCCUCUUAAAAUAUAUACUUAAUUAAAUACAUUUUGAAUAAAUGAUCAUUCUUAUUAAUAUUCUAAAUAUUUUUAAAGUUUGUAUUAUACGUUUAAGUGCAUUAAAUAAGGUAAUUUUACUGAUAGUUCACAUAAACCUAUGAAUCAUGUUUAUUCAUUAGCCAAAAUACUUGAAAAAAAAAAAAGAAGAGAUUAUUAAAUAAUUUUAAUAUCAAUAUUUACUUAAUAUUUUCAUCUUUAUUUGAUUAGUAAAAUUAUUUUUAACUCAAUAACCUCAAGUAAAGUAUUAUUUUAUUAUUAAAGAUUUAUAUUCACAAAUAUAAGUGUUUCAAUUUUUUAUUGGUUGACCAAUUAUGUAAUCUGUUGAAACCUUAAUUUAAUUUAUUUUUCAUAUAACUAUUGAUUUUAUUAAUUUUAUUCAGUGAUUAAAUUCAUUAAAAGUAUCAAAUGUAAAACAAAAUCAUUUUAAAAAUAAAUAUAUUGUAUUUUAUAACAACAAAGAAGAAAUGUUUAUUCAUAUUAUGAUUGUUAUUAAUUGUAACUUAAUUGGCUAUAUGAUAAUUCAUAAUUUAUGUGUAUUAUUGAUUUUAUAUGCUUACUUUUUGUAUUUUUUUGUAUAUUGUACACUUUAAAUUAAAAAAAAAAAAAAACAUUUUUUUAAAAAUUUGUAAGAUUUUAUAUACAAUCUGUAGUAAAUGUUACAAUAAUUAUAUGAGCUAAACAAUUAAUAAUAUAUAUGACCUGAAAGCUUGAGGAGAGUAGCUACCUAGCAAUAUCUCAGACGAGAUAAAUUUUUAGGCUAUUUUAUACACAAAUAUUAUGAGUACAUUUUUUUUUAUUUUUGUGUAUCAGUGUAGUUAAGCUAAAUCGCGACAUCAGCGCCUCUUAAGUCUUCUCUGCGAGUUCCCAAGAAUAUUUAUUUAGUUAAUUGCAAGGAUAAGUGGAUUCUGGUGGUUCGUAAGAUGAAAAUGGAAAAGCUUGUAAGAGAAUAUAGCCACUUCGGCAGCAGUCUGUUGUGAAGUGUAUGGUUCGAUACAUAUAAGGAUGCAUUAGUAAUUACACAAGUGAUAUAAACUAAAACGCAAAAAAAAGCAUUUAAAUUAAAAUAAUUAUUCUUGUUAUAUUAAUAAAAACAUAAUUUACUCAAACAUGUAUUAAAAGUGAAACAAACAAUAUAUUAUGCAUCUUAAGCAGGAUAAUAAGACAAUAUUUUCUUAUUUAAAAAUUUAAAAUAAUACUCAAUCUGUUUUCUCUAUUUUCCUUGGUUUUUCAGUUAAUCAAAGCAUUGAAAAAUUUAAAUAAUGAAUUGAACAAAAUGCUAUUCAAUCUUUAAAGUUUCUAGAUAAAACAUUAUUAAAUAUAUUUACGUAUUAAGUACUUCAUUAAGUAAUUUCCAAUAAAGAAAAAAUAUAAUUUUAAAACCAAUUGUUUCAUCUAUUAACUCAGACUAAAAUAGUUUGCAGUUAUUACUUAUAUUUUUAAAUAUAGAAUAAAAUUAAUUUGUUAAAUAUUCAUAACUAUAUAUAUAAAUUAAUUGCAGGUUUUAGCUGUGCAGGUGAAAUGUUUCGAAGAGAUUAUUAACAUUGGUUAUUCUGUUUAUCGCAUCCAUGGUCUGCCCUGGUUCCGUUCAUUGUCGUGGUAUUUUUUGAUGGCAUCUAACUAUUUCUUUUAUGGUGAAAGUCUUGUUGAUAUAUUUGCUGUUGUUGUUAACAGAACAGUAAGUGUUAAUAUUGGUUUCUAAUUUCUAUAAUGGUGUACAGUAAUAUCAUUGAUGAUUUUAAUUUAGGAAUAUUUGAAAAUGCUGAUAACAUAUCAUCGAUUUGUCUCAUUCAGCUUGUACAUCGCUGGAUUAGUAUGGUUUGUCUUGUCGUUGGUACGCAAAUAUUACAUGAAACAAUUUUCAUUAUUCGCUUGGACUCAUGUGUGUCUUUUGAUCGUCGUAUCUCAAAGUUAUUUUAUUAUUCGAAAUAUAUUUGAAGGAUUAAUCUGGUAAGUAAAUUAUUUAUUUAUCGCAUAUUGAACUUAGUAGUUUUAAUGUAUUUUGAUAUUUUCAUAAAAAGUGUUAUUAACAUUUCAAAUUAUUUGAAUUUUAGGUUUAUUGUACCAGUGUCAAUGAUCAUACUUAAUGAUAUUUGGGCCUAUGUAUUUGGAUUUUUCUUUGGACGAACACCACUUAUACAAGUAUCACCAAAAAAGACAUGGGAAGGAUUUAUUGGGGGUGGUGUGGCAACUGUAAUUUGUGGUAUUGUAGUAAGUUUAUUUUUAAUUUUAUAUCAUUAAUAAAUAAUUUCUUAAUAUUUUGUUAAGUACAAUAGCAUUCUAUUUUCAUUAUUUAUAUAUAAGGCAUUGAAUGUAUUAAUUAAAUUUUAUGUUUUGAGUAGAUUGAGAAAACUGUUACAAUUUGUAUUUGUUUUUGAUUGGCUAAUUUUGAUUGACAAAUUUUUAUUUAAGAUGUAAAAAAUUGUUCAUCAAAAUUGUAUGUAACAACUUUAUAGGUAUAGUAGGAAUAUUAGAACUUAUCAAACUUUAAAAAAGUAACUUUUUUAAUGGUUUAGUAAUUUUAGAUUUAUUACCAUCUUACAUUGAUGUAAUUCAAAAAGAAGGCCUAAAUAACAGUUUCUGUAUCUUUAAUUAUGUUUUUUUUUUCUACAAUAACAAUAUCUAUUCAUUUUUAAAUAUUUAAAUAAAUCUAGAUUGAGAUCUAUGCAUGUAUAAUGUUAACUAACCUAACCUCUAACAUUUAUAAAAUAAUUAAACUUCUAAAUGUGUAAAUACAAACAGUAAAAACAGUAAAAAUAAAACUGAAAAAGUUUAAAAAUAUCAACUAAUAAUUUGAUUAUUAUUAUUAUUUUUUUUUUGUUCCCUUAUAGAUAUCAUAUUUUCUAUGUCAAUAUCCUUACUUUGUAUGUCCAGUUGAAUACAGUGAAAAAUUUGGUAAAAUGAUUAUCGAUUGUGAGCCAUCUCCAUUAUUUACUCUCCAUGAAUAUGUUCUCCCAGAAUUCAUGGCAAGAUCAAUGAGUGUAGUAUGUAUUUAACUAAUAACUUCUAAUGUAUAUAUAUAUAUAUAUAUAUUGUAUAUACUGUAUUAAUACUUUAAAUUGAAUAAUAUUUUUUUUUGUAGUUCAGAGUAUCCAACACAGUUACACUUUAUCCUUUUAUGUUCCAUGCUUUUUGGAUGUCCUUGUUCAGCUCUAUUAUUGGACCAUUCGGUGGAUUUUUUGCUAGUGGAUUUAAACGAGCAUUUAAAAUAAAAGUAUUUUAUUUAAAAAUAAUUUUUGUCGUCAUUUACUUAUGAAUUCUUUGUUUUAUUUUAAGGAUUUUGGUGAUGUGAUUCCUGGACAUGGAGGCAUUAUGGAUCGUUUUGACUGUCAAUAUCUUAUGGCCACAUUUGUUAAUGUUUAUAUCUAUAGUUUUGUAAGCACACCUACCUUACAGAAGACCAUCCAACAGGUAUCCUUAGAAUAAUAUAUAGUUUAUCAAAUAUAAUAUGCAAAAUGUAAAAAAUAAAAUUAUUAGUUAUUAAUGGUAUUACUACAAUUUUAGGUAUUUACUUUACGGCCAGAAGAACAAUUACAAUUACUUCACAUUCUGAAAGGAUCAUUGGAAAAUCGUGGCAUACUCAAUGUGCAAUAA